CACUUAUUUCAUACAACAAAUUUGCAACAAUAAACCUAUUCAUCAAAACGAAAAAACCAACACCACAACCAAAAUCUCCAAAUUUUCUGGGAAACCCUUUGUAGAAAGAAAAAAAUCUUUGGCUGGUUUCCCAGAUCCCAAACAAACACCUUCAUUUUUUCUUGAUACUUAUAUAAUGUAUUCUUGAUUCUUGUGUUUUCCUGAGAAAACAAUAGAAAAAAAGAGCAAAACAAUAGCAUUUUAAUGGAUUUUUCUCCAUUAAAGAAGUCAUUCAAAAGCCAGGGUUCUUACAAGCAUGCAAGAAAAAUCUCAGGUGGAGGAGCAACUGCGUCCAGCCACUCUAACGAACACGAAGAGUUGCCAAUUCUCGGCAAUGAUCAUGAUCAUGAUCAUCAAGAAUCACCGCCGGAGCAAUCACCUAGAGCCGUCCGAUCAACUGACCGGGGCCGGGCCGAGGUUAUCGUCAAGGUUGAUUCAGGCCAUUCUAGUUUUGACAGUAAGACACCGAGAGGUAAUAUAGAUGAUCCCCCGUCAAAGCUUAUUGGCCAGUUCUUGAACAAACAAAAAAAUGCUGGUGGUGAAAUUGCUUUAGACAUGGACAUGGAAAUGGACGAGCUAAGACGCGAAUAUUAUGAUCGGAACUUGCAUCCGUUUCCUGAAUCUCCACUUAACAGCACCCCGUCGAAGGAGAUUCGGGUUUCGUUUGAUCCUUCGCUUUCUGGUGGGAUUUCGGGUGCGCUUUCGGGUGGAAUUGAAAGUACUUCAGCUGACACUGUUCGGAAACGGUAUAAGGAUUUAAUAGAAGGCAAAGAUGGUCACCAUAAUCAUAAUCAUAAUCACAAGCAGCAGCCUAGUCGAGACGAGGUGCUAAAGUGCACCUCAAACGCCUCGUUUCGAGCUCAGCCUAAUCAGAUUUCAAGACUGAAAACAAAAUCUAGGCUUUUAGAUCCGUCACCGGAAGAAUUAGCGCGAAUGUCAGGAAGAUUACCGCCCAAAUCAGGACCGUUAAAAUCCGGGCUGUUAGGUAGGGCGAGUAAAGCAGACGACGACGACGAUGACGACGAUCCGUUAGCGGGUGAUGACAUGCCUGAAGAGUAUCAUAGGAAGAGUUUUAGAUUAAGUGCAAUGAAUAUAAUUCAAUGGGUGAGUUUGAUUGCAAUUACGGGUGCAUUAAUCUGCACUCUUGCUCUUUCUGAUUUGAGAGAAAAGCAUUUUUUAAAGCUUCCAUUAUGGAAAUGGGAAGUUUUAGCAUUGGUUUUGAUAUGUGGAAGAUUGGUUUCGGGUUGGGGGAUUCGGAUAAUCGUGUUCUUCAUAGAGCGGAAUUUUCUUUUACGAAAACGGGUUUUGUAUUUCGUUUACGGAUUACGAAAAGGAGUACAAAAUUGCUGGUGGUUAGGGCUUGUGCUAUUAGCUUGGCAUUUCUUGUUUGAUGAGAAGGUUAGAAGAGAAUCAGAAGGAAAUUAUCUGAUGUACAUUAACAAAAUCUUGGUAUGUUUUAUGGUGGCUAAUUUCAUGUGGCUACUUAAAACAUUAAUGGUUAAAGUUCUGGCUUCAUCUUUUCAUGUGAGUACUUAUUUCGAUAGGAUUCAAGAAUCGAUAUUUAAUCAAUUCGUGAUCGAGACGUUAUCCGGACCGCCGUUGAUAGAAUUACAGCGAAACGAGGACGAGAUUGAGAAAACCGCGGCCGAGAUUCGGAUUCUACAGAAUGCCGGAGUUAAUAUGGCUCAAGAACUGAAGGAUUCGGCUUUCAAGAAAGGGGAGGCGAAAAGCUUCUCAUUUUCUAGGCAAAUUUCAAGAAAGUGUGAGACGAAGAGCAGUGACCAUUAUGGAAUAACGAUUGAUUAUUUGCAUAAAUUGAAUCCGAAGAAUAUUUCGGCCUGGAAUAUGAAGAGGUUGAUGAAUAUUGUGAGGCAUGGUUCUUUAUCUACGUUGGAUGAGCAGAUUCUUGAUGCAGGGUUUGAUGAUGAAUCUGGAACCGAAAUUAGAAAUGAAUAUGAGGCUAAAGCUGCUGCUAGGAAGAUCUUUUAUAAUGUGGCUAAGAAUGGAUCCAAGUACAUUUACUUACAAGAUUUGAUGCGAUUUAUGAGAGAAGACGAAGCUUCAAAAUCAAUGAGUUGCUUUGAAGGAACAUCUGAAAGCAGCCGGAUCAGUAAAUCAUCUCUAAAGAACUGGGUGGUGAAUGCAUUUAGGGAGAGGAGAGCACUAGCAUUGACAUUGAAUGACACAAAGACAGCAGUGAACAAGCUUCAUCAUGUGGUGAACGUAGUAGUGAGCAUUAUCAUAAUUGUGAUAUGGCUCCUCAUUCUUGGAAUCGCCACUAGCAAAUUUGUGGUGUUCAUAGGCUCACAGAUUGUGGUGGCCUCCUUCAUUUUCGGAAAUACUGUCAAGACUUUGUUCGAAUCCAUUCUCUUCUUGUUCUUGAUUCAUCCUUUUGAUGUCGGCGAUAGGUGUGAAGUUGAUAGUGUCCAGAUGAUAGUGGAGGAGAUGAACAUUCUAACAACGGUGUUCCUAAGAGCAGACAAUCAGAAGAUAGUGUACCCUAACAAUGUUCUUGCGACCAAGCCUAUCGGAAACUUCUAUCGCAGCCCUGAUAUGGGAGAUGCAGUUGAGUUCUUCAUCCAUGUUUCCACUCCUGCUGAAAAGAUUGCUCUCAUGAGACAGAAAAUCAUCAAUUACAUUGAGACUAAAAAAGAGCACUGGUACCCUGGGCCAAUGGUGGUAAUGAAAGAGCUUGAAGAACUGAACCAAGUGAGAGUGGCAGUGUGGCUGAGGCAUAGAAUUAAUCAUCAAGACAUGGGAGAAAGAUUUUCGAGAAGAUCUCUUUUAUUAGAAGAAAUGGUUAAAAUUUUCAAAGAUGUUGAUAUGCAAUUUCGGUUAUUACCUCUUGAUGUCAAUAUUCGUACCAUCCCUCCUUUUAACUCUUAAUUUGGGUUAAAAUAUAUAAUGUUACUAAAUCUUCCUCUCA